AUGGCCUCCUCUCAACUUCAUCUCACUCUCUCCCUGCUCUGUUUGGCCAUGACAGCGGGCAUCAUAUCAUGCGGCCGGUCUCAUAUGGUUUUGAACCCUGCUCUAGAAGAAUCUCGAGGCCCAGCAGCAGAUGAAGAGAUGACUGAGAGAUACACCCUUCCAGAGCUCCAGUGGCUACUCAGUAACUCUGAUCCGGCAGUCAUUCAAUCUGACAGUCCAUCUCUAGGGUUAUUACAGAAUGGACUGGACAUGAUGAGAAGAGACAAUGGAGAAAAAAAGCCAGGCUGCAAGAAUUACUUCUGGAAAUCCAGAACAGCAUGCUAA